GUUUUAUUUAUUUCUCAAAGACUAUGAAGUGCUUUGUUUUCUUCGUAAUAUCUUUGGUCUUAGUGGCGUCAGCCCCUCUCGAUAACCGACCUCAGGACGAAAAACAUGACGAAGACCCUGGUCUGUUUGCUUUGCCCCAUGUUGGCCAACGUCAGGUGACAAAUGACUUCACCCGUCAGUUCAGUGGUAAUAGCAACUCAAACAAUCAGAACAUUGGUAACAACAACAACAACAACAGCAACAACAACCAGAACAACAACAACAACUACUACCCAUAUGGCAAAUGAAAGUUCUUUCCUUCGGUUGCGUCUUGAGCAUGGAAAAGGACUUUUCGUUGUAGUUGAGUAAUGUUUUCGCUUGUAGACCUGACGUUCUUAGCACGUCAGGAACGAAAGAGCGGUAAUUGUAAAAGUAGUGAGACAAUAAAGGUGAUAAAAAUGCA